AUGUCACUAAUUUCAAGCUUGCCGUAUGACAUACUCUUCCAGGUAGAAAAUUAUUUAUCGAAUCGAGAUUUAGAGACACUCAUAAAGACGUUCUUUGAUUUUCACGAUAAAUCUAUACUAUUUGCUACUUAUGUAAAGCUUUCAGAGAAAAAAAUCAUUAUUUCAGACACUCUUCGUAAUGAAUUAUUGUCUGAAAACGAUCAUGUUUAUCUAGGUCCAACAGAGUGUAUUCAAUUUUUGAAAGGCAUUAUGAUGUUUGAUGAAUCAUAUGGCAGCAACAUUUUUCCGAAAUCUAUAGUAUUUGAUUUAAUUUUGUCGAAAGAAAAAGCAUUUGUUGAAAUUCAUGAGGAGAUGUUUGAUUUUCUCAAGAAUGAGAGACAUAAGAGACGGUUUACAAGCAGUAGGUUUGAUUUAGUAGUUAGAUCCAUCAAAGAAUUUUCAACUGAAGAAGUAUCGAUCUUUCUUCGCAAUUUGGCCGUUGGUAUAGGUCCUCGAACUAGAGGAAUAAUAUUUUUGGGUUCUGUAAUAAAUAUUGAUUUAUCAUAUGUUGCAACUUUAUUUGAUAGCCUUCAAUGCCUUGAUUUAAAUGAUUUUCACCAGCACUCCAAAGUUGAUUAUUUACCACAGAGUGUUGAGAACUUUGUAUUUAAAGAUGUUCAAUUGAAUGGCAAGAAGCUUCCAGACAAUACCAAAUCAUUAAGACUAAAGAAUUCAACAUUCAACAAUUGUCUUGGCGUACGUUUACCAGUAAUAGAGGAGUUAGCUUUAUGUAAUAUCCCAGAGAUUUCAAACUUUGUCCUGCAGAACUGGUCGAGUACUUUGGUGUCAUUAGUGUUGGAUAGUGUGGAGUUAAAGGUUGAUAAUUUGAAAUUACGAGAACUACAUAAUUUGGAAAGAUUGAAAUUAAUUGAUCUUUCCAAUGAAUUUGGGUACGGAUUCAAGUGCCCACCCCUGCUUCAUCUGCUUUAUAUCCAGGACAAAUAUCUACCUUAUCUUUCAAUUGAUUUCCAAAGCCUACCUGAAACUUUAAUUUGUUUAACUUUAAGAGGAGAUCUACCAUUUAAGUUUGACAACAUAGCUUUUCCUAGAAAUUUAGACUCCUUGGUUUUACAAGGCGGUGGAGGGAUUUUUCAAUGUGAAAACUUUAAAUGCCCUCCAAAGUUACAAAAGUUGAUUAUAACUUUACAGAAGUUCAGAAAUGUUCAUAAAUUUAAGUUAGCAAAGACGUUAAGAGAAGUUAAUUUGAGCAGUAAUAAUAUCACGAAAAUUUCAACAAUGAAAUUCCCAUGCAAUAUUCUGACUUUAUGCCUCAGCAAUAACAACUUUUCAAGUCUAAACGGUGUACAAUUUCCCCUUAGAAUGAAACAAAUCGACCUCACUCAAAAGUAUAGUUUAAUGGGUGCAUAUGACUUUACGAAGUACUCGUGGUUAUCUACGGCAAAUAUAUUCAUCAGUGAUAGCAAUAAAUUUAUAUUCAACGGUGGAGUAAAAAUCAUUAAUGAUUAUGACUGGAGAGUGGAUCGUAAAUGGAAGAAUAGGGAAAUUGAAUACUUCUAUUAA